CGACAAUGGCACAGGCUAACCUAGCGAAGUACGACACGUGGUCACGUUUGCAGCUUAUUGCACGGCUGAACGAGCUCGAUAUCCAGAAAGAGAAGGCCGAGAACGAGAAGGACUUGACGGCAAAAGCUCGAGAACUUCCCAGACCUUACGUGGUCUCCUCGAGGCCGAAACGGAAGAUCGCCCUCAAGUUUUGCUAUCAUGGAUGGGAAUACUGCGGGCUGGAGAAGCAGAAGGGGUACACUCCGAUACCGACGGUCGAGAGCGUGCUUGAAUCUGCGCUGAUUGCUACACGACUGAUCGACCCUGUUGAAGGGUUCGAAGGGGCGGGAUAUGGCAAGAGUGGACGAACAGACAGAGGGGUCAGCGCAGCGGGCCAAGUGGUUAGCCUGUGGGUGCGGAGUAUGGUUGCGGGUGGAGCGAAUGAUGGGGAGAGGAAGGAGGCGGAGGAAGUGAACCUCGCUCUGGACGAUGAGGAGGUGGACGACUCUUUCGAACCAUUGACCGAAAGCAUGGAAUUGGUAUCCCAACUACUGGCUGAACAAGAUACGCCUGAAGUGCUCGUCGACGAUACGCAGCACCUAUUGCCAACAGAAGGAGAGAUCCCAUAUGCGCGUGUGCUCAAUCGUGUCCUCCCUCCCUCCAUCCGUGUCCUCGCCUGGUCACCAGUUCAUUCCGACUUCGAAGCGCGCUUCUCCUGCAUAGGUCGACAUUACAAGUACUUCUUUCGUCUUCACCCUGGCCUCGACCUCUCGCGAAUGCGAGACGCUGCCGCGCGGAUGAAGGGCACUCAUGACUGGCGCAACUUCUGCCGGCUCGACGGGAGCAAGGGCGACGUGCGCUAUGUCCGUACGAUCGAGGACGUGACGCUCGAACCUGUAGCAAAGGACGAAGACCCUACGCUCUACGUGCUCAACGUGCAAGGACACGGGUUCCUCUGGCAUCAGAUACGACACAUUGCUGCUGUCCUGUUCUUAGUCGGGCAAGGGCUAGAGCACCCAAGCGUCGUCACUUCCAUGCUCAACACAGACCAGUCGAACCCGUUGCCGCCAUUCCGAGAGGACGAGCCGUUACCCGAAAUCGUCGAGGGCAAGCCGAACUACGAGAUGGCAGAUGCGCUCCCGCUCGUUCUGUGGGACUGCCGGUACAGCGACGAAGAUCUUAACUGGAUACCGGACGAGCCCGGAUACUCACAGGGCUUUGUACAGUCGUUGGAGACGACGUACACUCAGUCCCUUAUGCAAAGCACGAUCCUUUCCUACUUUACGCGUGCUGCUGAGCUCAGACCCCCACCCGUGUCUGCAAGUGCGGGAGAGUUUGGAAGGAGAGAUUGCGUGCUGCUGGAUAUGGGAGCGGGAAGGUUCAAGGUGAACAUCAAGUACAAGCCGCUUCUCAAGCGAGAGAGAGGGAGUACACCAGAUGAAGUGCUGAGGAGAUGGAGGGAAGGGAAAGGCGGACGAAGGGCGGAGAAGAGGGCGGCUCGGGCUGAGCAGGAUGAGAUGAGAGAAACAGGCGAUGGGGAUGAAUAG